AUGGCCUCUCUCGUCCACAAGGCCCACAACCGUCUGCUUGUCAAGAAGCAUUUAGCAGACGGGACCACUCAACCAGCCGACUUCCUCGACAAUGACUCUAUCCGUCCCACCCCGGUCAAGGACCGCACCUGGACUUCUAUCACAUACUCGGCCUUCUGGUUCGCUGCCACGGCAAAUGUGAGCAAUCUAUACGCAGCCUCCACCGGCCAGUCCGCUGGCCUCAGUAUGUGGGAGGCUCUGGGUUGUUCACUCGGUGGCCAGUUGCUAGCCGGUUUUCUCAUGGCCCUCAAUGGUCGAGCUGGUGCAUUGUACCGAAUCCCGUUUCCCGUCGCCUGUAGAGCCAGUUUCGGAACAUGGGGUGCAUUGUGGCCGACCUUUAACCGUGCCAUCAUGUCCAUUGUCUGGAAUGGAGUAACAUCCGUGCAGGGAGCCCAGUGUUUAUAUGUAUUCCUUCACGCCAUCUUUCCUUCCAUUGCCAACAUUCCCGACAUCAUGGGCACAAAAUCUGCCCUCAACUCGGCACAAAUGCUUUGCUUCUUUCUCUACUGGCUUAUCAAUUGCGCCUUUCUGUUCGUCCCUGUGCCACGUAUGAAGAAGCUGGUUCACAUCAAGGUCGGUGUCUUCUUCUCCGCCACCAUCGCCUUUGUGGCUUGGACAUUGUCCUUAUCUGGUAGUGUUCACAAAACGCUUUCCGAGCCCUCCACCGUCAGUGGUUCGGAAAAGUCCUGGAUGAUUCUCAAGUUCUUCUUCUUGGGACUUGCUAGUUGUGGCACCUUUAUCACAAAUGCAGCUGACCUGCAACGCUACGCAACUAAGCCCAACGAUGUCAUUGCCGGUCAGGUAUUCAGCUUCCCAAUGUCUAACUUCUUGGUCGGAGUUUUUGGUAAUUUGAUCGCGGCUGCAAGUAAAAGUAUCUUUGGAGAAGUCAUCUGGAACCCUCUUACAACCCUUGACAUGCUUAUGGAGGGUGAUCGUUAUACAUCUGCCAACCGUGCGGGAUGUGCCUUGAUCGCAUUCGCCUAUGUCUACUCUACUGUGUUCUCGGCUAUCUUCGAGAAUUCUAUCCCUGCUGGAAACGAUAUCGCAGCUCUUAUGCCCAAGUACAUCACAGUGAAGCGUGGUUUCUUCAUCUGCGCAGCUGUGUCAUACGCAAUCUGCCCGUGGUACUUGCUCUCAUCUGCAUCUGUCUUUAUCAACUUCCUGAGCUCAUACCAAAUCUUCCUGAGCGCCAUCACUGGUAUCCUCAUCUGCGACUACUACCUCCUGAGACGUGGCCUUUUCGAUAUCCCCAUGCUUUACUCAGGGCAUAAGUAUUCUACUUACCACUUCUUCCACGGCUUCAAUCUUAGGGCUUUUGCGGUUUAUUUGAUCGCCAUUGCACCCAACUUCUACGGCUUCCUUUCCCAGAUGGGUGUUCAGGCACCGCUGGGAAUUCAAAGAUUUUACUAUGUUGCAUAUCCUGUCGGACUCUUCAUAGCGUUUGGUGGCUAUUGGCUGGUGAAUGUGAUAUUCCCCCAUGAAAGUACUUCAAAGGUCUCGGGAUGGCAGGAGCCUAAGGAUUUUGUUGAAGACCACGAUAAUACUUUUGUCGACGUUGUUGUUAACUCGUCUGAAGUAUCCUCUGACCAGGAAAAAGGAAACGCUCAGGAUUUUGUAACGAAGAAAUAUUAA